AUGUGUCUUUCUGAUUUUGUUUCAGUUUUUCUGGUACACAAACAAGUGGCUCCAAGAACCUCUCUUGCACUCUUCCUUUUCCUUAACCUCCUCUUCUUCACUUACACUUCUGCUCAAGGCACUUGUCCUAGAAAUUCCCUUCAGAUCGGUGCUUGCACAAAUAUGCUCAAUGCAAUUGACUUAACAUUAGGAAACCCACCGCCACCAGUACCGCGGUGCUGCUCGCUAAUUGCAGGCUUCGCUGACCUUGAGGCUGCAGUCUGUCUCUGUACCGUGCUCGACGUUAACGUUCUUAGCAUCAACGUUCACCUUCCCAUCGAUAUCAGUGCACUUUUCAAUGCUUGUAGCAGAUUUGCUCCACCAAGUUUCUUAUGCCCGUAAGUUGAAUACGUAUGAAAUAUCUGAAGACAUACCGAAAAAAAUCAAGGUUGAACGUGUUGCCUGUCGUCUUUUGCUUUUUAACUGGUGAUUUCUUUUGUAUUUGUAACUUCCUUCGAUUGAAUAAAAUGAUGAGUGUAACGUUCUCAUGCAAUAAUGGGUUUGUGUGUGUAAUCGCCAUGUUCGUUGCCCUUUUACUUCAUUGUUCUUCCUUACCUUCGUUUGUAAAACGUUUCGUUCGAAUUUUAUUAAUAAAAGCUUCAAAUCGGUGUUGUUGUCUAUGUCGGGCUUAUAUGUGUAUCGAAAAAAGCAAGGUAAAAUGAUACGAUCUCACUGAAAACAACACAGUUACACUGUGUAACGUUCUCAUGCAAUAAUGGGUUUGUUUGUGUAAUCGGCACGUUCGUUCCCCUUUCACUUUAUUGUUCUUCCUUACCUUCGUUUGUACAACGUUUCUUUCGAAUUUGAUUAACAAAAGCUUCAAUCGGUGUUGUUGUUCUGUCGGGCUUAUACGUUUAUCGAAAACAGCAAAGUAAAAUGAUAAAAUCUCACGGAAAACAACAAGUUUUAGUAUUUUGUUGUAAGCAUUAAUUAAUCGCAUUGGCUUAAUUUUUAGUAACGAAAUGGAAACAAAACAUCUCCAGCUUAAUUGAGCUGAAUACAUUUUGGCUCUAAUCUGAUCAGAACUAUCUCCAAACCAAAAUUGUUGUCAUAAAAGUGAAGAAAUAUGUAGUCGCUACUACAUUAAUUUAAUAUACUCUUAUCAAACUACAUAAUAGUACAGUUAAUAUUCAUAUUUGUUAGAUAACUACAAACUUGUUGUAUUAGUAACUAAAGAAUAGAAUCGCGAUGUUAUAAAAGAAAUAUAUAUUUAUAUAUAUCUAUGCAAGAAAUAUUUGUUCUGGCAGUUGUGCAUCAGUUUUGUGAAGAAAUAGAACAGACGUCUCGCUCCAGUACUGUUGGUGAUCUAAAAAAAGCUAAAAAAAUAUCAUGGUUCGAUUCUAAGUCUAUAUCCAUGUCGUAUAAGAAUAUCUAGUUAAAAAUUACAGGUCACUAAGAGCAUUUUUAACUAUCGCAUUAUAUAAAUUAUAAUUACUGAUUAUAAAAUUAGACAUGAAUAUUCGUUUAGAAAUUUAGCUAGGGCGGCUAUAUAUGGAGAGUGCGACUAACCGAUGAUCUCGUCACUUAUUCUUCUGGCAAAGAAUUUGAUCUAUUCUUUGGUUUGGGGUUCUAUGGCUAUCAAGGUUUGUGAUUUAAUUUUACCAAAAAAGGUUUGUGCUUUAAUUGAGAUCUCUAUGGUUUGAAUUAGUUCUUUUUGAAAAUUAAGGACCAGAUAAAGCGAAUAUAAAGGUUUUAAGGAUCAAUAUCAUAUCAGGUUUCUACGGGUUUGAGCAUUUCACUAAGGGUUCUAAACCGGAUCUGUGUCCUCUUCUCGUUGUCUUUGAUCUCUCUUUCAAAGGUGUCUUAGAGUGGAACAUAAUGGAAAUGUGAUCUCUCAUAUGCCUAUAUGAUAGUCUUAAAUGCUUUGAUCUCUUUUAUAUUGUAGUUUGAAAGUAUCAACUAGACAUGGACUGUCUCUUGAGCUCGUCAUGAGCCGUCUCUUGAGCUCGUCAUGAGCCGUCUCUUGAGCUCGGCAUGGACCAUGGAACUUUUUGGGCCCAUUGUCGCCUUAUGGGCUUAAAGGACACUCGUUCGGGUUCUCAGAACACUAAUACAAGAAGUGGCGCUUAUUGGACUAGGAGUUUAUUGGACUAGGAGUUUCAUAAAAUUUUAGGAUUUUGUCAAAUCCUCCCUUAUUGAAUAAGGUAUUUAUAAAAACUUCUAUAAAUCCAAGGUUAUUGGAUAUAACAUUUGUAGAAAUCCUAUCAAAUUUCUCCUUAUUCGAAAAUAUGGAUUUGGUUAAUGAGAUUCAUCAAAAGUUAUUUUGGAUUUAAAAAAUACAUAUUUUACCCUUCAAACUCAAUAAGAAGAAUACCAUCUAAAGAGAUGGUAUUUGAAAAAAAAAAACAACCAGAAGAAAAUGAUUGACGUAACCUUCUUGACUAUGUUUGCUCUCAUUAUGGCCAUGGAUGUUCUGGCUUCGUCGGUCGAAUUUCUAUCAAAUCUCUCCUUAUUCGAAAAUAUGGAUUUGGUUAAUGAGAUUCAUCAAAAGUUAUUUUGGAUUUAAAAAAUACAUAUUUUACCCUUCAAAUUCAAUAAGAAGAAUACCAUCUAAAGAGAUGGUAUUUGAAAAAAAAAACAACCAGAAGAAAAUGAUUGACAUAACCUUCUUGACUAUGUUUGCUCUCGUUAUGGCCAUGGAUGUUCUGGCUUCGUCAGUCGAAUAAGACUGUUUUCUCUCAUUUUUAUCCUCAGAUUAUUCAAAACCACUCUUCUUUUUCGUUUGCUCCUCUAUCCUUCCAUGGAAGAAGCAGCUUGAGUUUCUUUUUUCUUUUUUUGGUCUGAGCAUGGCUGCAAUACGGACACACUACAGAAGAAUUGAAAUUGACGGUAACAAAGAGAAAAACACCUCUCGACAUACCACAAUCUGUUCCUAUACUUCCAGCGGAAGCUCCUCGAGAUGAAGUUUCUUCUGCUCUGUCUUGAGUCUUCAUCUUUGUAAAACUGAAACAAACAAUCUCAAAGAAG